AUGAAUGUCAAGUAUGCCAAGGAGUGUGGGUUUUCAGUCAGGAAAGGUACUACAAAGACAAACUCUAAAGGUGUGUUACAUAUUAAGUAUUACUUGUGUACGAGAUCUGGGUUAUAUAAGGACAAGAAGGUUGAUACGUUGGACCCCAAUCAAAAGGAGCGAUUAGUGCGAUCCAACUUUUCAAAGAGGACUGAUUGUGGUGCACUGUUAGGUGUAACUUUUGAGGAUGGAUCAUGGAAGGUGUAUAAGUUUGUCGAGGAGCACAACCAUUAUCUUGUUGAGCGUCCUGAUAAGCAUUUUCUUCCAACUGAACAACACCUCACUCAGCUCCAGAAGCAUGUUAUACACGGCAUGUCUAAGCUGAAUGUGGGUCCCGUGAAGGCGUUUAAUGUUAUGAAGACUUGUUUUGGCAGUUUUGAAGAUGUGGGUGUAAGUAAAGUUGAAUUUAAGAACUAUAAGAGGCAAAUUAACUUGUUUAUAGGGGAAUAUGACGCCGAUAUGGUUGUGAGACAUUUGAAUGAAAAACAACACAUUCUUAGACUAAUUUCUCGUAUGAUUGCUUCACAGACUAAGAGAAUCAUACUCUAUGGUGUUUGUACCGGUAUAGACAAUCAUCACUGCAAUGUUACAUUUGGUGCAGCAUUAUUGGCGUCGGAAACUGCUGAUACGUAUAUUUGGUUGUUGAGAGUUUUUCUAAAAGCUGUUGGUUCUCAACCAAAAUUUGUCGUCACUGACCAAGAUCCAUCAAUGAAGAAGGCUAUUUCUAUUGUUGGUGUUAGGCUAUGCAAUUCCACCAAUUUUAAAGAACGUAUUUGUGGUGUUGUGUGGAUGGAUAUUCUCACACCUGAAGAGUUUGAAUCAGAAUGGGAAGCAGUUAUCGCAGAGUUCAAUUUAGCAGAUAAUGACUGGCUAUCUGAUAUUUUUGCACUCAGGGAAUCUUGGAUCACUUCAUACUAUAGAAUGGAAGAGAUGUCGGGUCUUAUACGACCGACAUCGAGGUCGGAGAGUAAUGUUCCGGAAUUUCCAAAACAGUACAUUCUGAAUAGAUGGCACAAAGAGGCUUCCCCAAAUUGUUCUCCCCAAUUCUCAAUUAGUCGGGAAUACAUGACCGAACUUGACCCCGAUGUGCAAAAGGAGCUAUCCUUAUACAAGGAUCAUGUUCAAUCUUAUAUGAAGAAGGUUCAAGAUAUGCAGAUUGUUGCUCCUCCCGCUAGUACUACGGAUAGAUUUGCCGAGAUAACUGGUCAAUACAAAAAUGACAAGAAUCCAAUAAGAGUCCCUGUUGGAUAUAAAUCCAAAGGUUCUGGUUCUCGGAAGCGCCUGAAAUCUAAACAGGAGAUAGCAAUCGAGAAAAAGAAAUCAAAGUCGAAACCCGGGGCCAAAGAAAGACAGUGUCAGAACUGCAAAGCAUAG